ACCGUUAACACGCUCAUCGGCGACUCUCCUAUCAUCAGCCAAAAAUAGUCGUGAUAGUUUGUAUCAACCUCGUCCGCAUUUCUCUCAAAACCGUUCAAAUUGAGUGUUUGGUGAUUGUGCAAAGUGUGCUAUGGCAUCAAAAUCGAAAAAGAGCUCGACGCCGGCAUCGCAAUCGGUGCCGGUGCGUCCCUCCAGCCCCUUGAGCCCCACGCGUCACUCCCGCAUGCAGGAAAAGGCCGAUUUGCAGAACCUCAACGACCGUUUGGCCACCUACAUCGACCGGGUGCGGUACCUGGAGGGCGAAAACAGCCGUUUGACCCGCGAAGUGCAGAAAACACACGAGACAGUCACCCGGCAAGUCACAGACAUCAAGUCGAUGUAUGAUAAUGAGCUCUCAGAGGCGAGGAAACUCCUAGAUGAGACAUUCAGGGAGAAGGCCAAGCUGGAAAUUGACACGAAACGACUAUGGGACGAAAACGAGGAGCUCAAAGCCGAUUUGACGAAAAAGAGCAAAGAGUUGGUGUUGGCUGAGAAUUCGGCCCGAAUUUGGGAAACAAGAUGCAACGAGUUGCAAAUCAAGUACAACCAAGCCAACGCCGACGCCAAAAAGGCCAUCAACGACCUCAAAGACCUGGAGAAGGAAAGGGACAAGUUGAGGAAGCAGUGCGAGGAGUUGAGGAAGCAGCUUGAGGAGGAGUCUCUAGCGAGGGUGGAUGUCGAAAAUCACAACCAGACUUUGAGGGAGGAACUGUCGUUUAAGGAUCAGAUCUUCCAGAAGGAGAUUUCGGACACCCGCACCCGCCGCCAGGUGGAAAUCAGCGAGAUUGACGGCCGCCUCGCCGAAAAGUACGAAGCGAAGCUCCAGGAAGCCCUCCAGGAGCUCCGCGACCAAUACGAAGGUCAAAUGGCGAACAAUCGUCAAGAAAUCGAAAUGCUCUACGAGACAAAAAUCAAAAAUCUCCAAGACGCCGCCAAUCGUCACUCAUCCUCUGCCGGAACGGCCCUCAACGAACUCCGCCAAGUCCGGAAUCGCAUCGACACACUCACGAGUAAACUCACCGAACUCGAGAGUGAAAAUGCAUCGUUGCAAAAUCGGUGUCGUGACCUCGAAAAACUCCUCGAAAAUGAACGAAUGCGCCAUGCUGAAGAUCUAGCCGCCUUGGAGAACGACUUAACAAAAUUGAGAGAAGAAAUGGCCAAUCAGCUUCAAGAAUAUCAAGAUUUGAUGGAUAUCAAAGUGAGUCUUGAUACGGAAAUCGCCGCCUACCGGAAACUACUCGAGAGCGAAGAGGCGCGUUUGAAUAUCACCCCUCAUGGAACCCCCGAGGCGCAUCCGGUGGCUCGGGGAAGCUCCCAGAGACGCACCCCAGUCCGCGUGGGGGCUAAACGAAAGCGAACGUUAUUGGAAGAGAGCCACGAGCAGAGUUUGAGCGAUUUUAGUGUGAAUAGCAGCUCAAAGGGCGAGAUUGAGGUGGCCGAGGUGGAUGCCGAGGGCAAAUUUGUCAAGCUUCAUAAUAAAAGCAACCAAGAGGUGGCGCUCGGCGGUUGGACGAUUAUUCGUAAAGCUGGCGAUAAUGAAACUUUAUACAAGUUUCAUCGAUCGUUGAAAAUUGAACCAAAUGGUCACGUGACGAUCUGGUCAGCUGAUCAGAAUAAAGAACAUGAACCGCCUACGAAUCUGGUGAUGAAGGGACAAAAAUGGAUGAUUGCGGAUAAUAUGACCACAACGGUUUACAAUAAUAACGGAGAUGAAGUCGCGGUGUCUGAAAGAGUAAAAAGGCAGCUCUCGAGUUCGGUUUUAAGGCAUAGAGAAAUGGCGGGAGGUUUUCUCGGUUCUGAAGAGUUGCAUCACCAAUACGGGGAUCCCCAAGGCGAGGAGAAGUGCCGAAUAAUGUGAAAAGUCCACCACUAGAGGGCGAAACGGUGCCAUUUUCGUCUUUUUGUCGCGAGACUAAGACGGCCUCGUUUCAUGGCCGACUUUUGAGAUUUUUAUCCGACUUAUCGGUCAGAUGAACGUGUCGAAUGGGGGCCACUAGUGUUUUAUUUUAAGGAAAUAAUUGUCUUCAUAGAGUUUUGUUAAAGCUAGAGACUUUUUAUAUAUAUAUUUUUUAAUUUAUAUAAGUAUUAGGUGAUGUUCUUCAAACUUUGUGGAGUUUGUAAGAGCGUGUUUUUUUCUCUUUUAUAUUAAAACUAAGCAUUUUUUAUACCAAGGAAUUGUUCGUUCCGGGUUUAAUUGUAAGUUCAUGGAUUCCUUUUGUAUUUUUUCUGUGUUCAAAUAAAUUCUCUAAUCUAGG